AUGGCGACACCUUCCGAACUUCGUGUGAACGAGCCCACCGACGGCGAUAUCCAUCAGGCAGCAGGAGAGUGUGACGAAGCACGGGGCCAAGUGCUGGAACAAUUUAGACCAUCAUUCAUAGAGUCGGCUGGAGCAUUCAAUACUCCUAAUUCAUUAGCCAGUGAAUUGAAGAAGGCGAGGAUCUAUAAGGGCCGAGUUCGUGGCCAGUUGGGGCGCCUUGAAGAACAAGCUGGUAACAUCAUAAUCAACAACGAGGAGGACGAGGCGCUGGUUGCUCAGCUAGGCGAACAAGAAGAACAGCUUCGAAGGGUGCUUGACGAAGCUGGUGCCUACGUCGUCGCGCUCGAAAUGAGGUAUGACGAGAUUAAUGAACAAAAUUCUCGCCGGAUGGCGGGCUCUCGCGUGUUCAAUUCGGCCGGGUCAAUUAGAUCCAGUUAUCUGCAGUCGAACAUUGAUGCUGAAGAGGAUUACCGACCAUUACCUCGGGAUCGAGUUAGUCCCAGAGCAUCGUUAUCAGAGAGUCAACGACGUCAGCAUGCCCAGCCAUUGCUCUCGAGACGCCCCGAGACUGUAAACGGGAUGCCGAUCUCGGAUCACCGUGGGGUCCAAAGUUUUCAUCUGACCCGACCACUAGUUAGAUCAAGAGCAAAUGAGAAUGAUCCACUUCCUGUCAUACCUCCCAGUCGUCCUGCAGUUGUGACCGGCCUUCCCGAUCUCGGACCAGAGGAUUCUGCUUCCGCGAUCCAGAGGCCGUUCUACCAUCAUCGAAUGCUCCCGCAGAGUUAUGCUGAGAAUCCACGUAAACAGCAAUUAGUAGGGCCUGCCUUAUCGGCUCAGCCCUUUUGCGAUGCUGGUACCAUCGGGAAAUUGAGUAUUGGUAAUUUGAAAGAUAUAUUUCGCGUUACCGCCCAUAUUAAGAGAGUCGAGUCUAUCCUUGCGGAAGCAAAUGCAGGAAGGUUCAUUGAUGGACAAUUCCUACCGCACGGUCAUCUAUCUAAUGCUUGCAAGGAAAAACUCGUUGGUACUCUCAAAGAUAUUCCCAAGUGCCACGAAGAAGCUGAUAAGGCUUGUGAUAUUGAUGGUUCUACAUGGUUCACGGUCACAAAAGCACUGAAGGAUCAGUUCGCUAGGCGAACAGUUCUCACGGACGAGUUGGAUAUCCGUUUGAAAAAGCUCAAGUUCUCAUCAGCCAAGCAGGUUGACACUUUUGUCAAGGAGGCCACUUCUAUUGCGGACCUCUAUCGAGUUGUCUAUCCCGAUGAUCGUGCUCAAGAACUUCAUCUCGUCAGAAAGGUUGUAUCAUGUUUGCCUAAGGACGUAGCUAUAGGCGUCAUUAGGCGGUGUAAGAAGGCCGGACGUGGUGAUUCAGAGCAAGAUUGGGAGACUUGUGUGCCUUUCUACUCUCCUACCGGUAGAACCAGAGAAACUGUCGUCGAGUUCAUUCGGGCCGAGUGCAGACUAUCCGAGGAAUUCGGUAGUCUUCUCAGUCUAAGGCCUGAUGGUCGUGAUGGUGGGCAGGACUCAGUGCGUGCCAUUCACUCGAACGAUGGUCGGGCUGGCAAAGAUAAGGGCCAGGUUGACCGAGGAGAGUCGUUGCCGAAUUUCGUUUCACGAUUCUCGAUAGUAUACGGCAUCACCGGCCGUGGGUGUAGAAAUGAGAGUCAUCUUCGGUCCUUGGUGGGCGCUGAUGGGAUGAUUCCGAGAUUUAAUAAGCAGGGCAUGAAGUACUUCUUCGUCGGAUACAAAGACAAGGAAACCGGCUCUGCGAAGGUGAACGCACUUCCUAAAGACCAAUUCCGGUCUUGGGAGUUCCAGUUCAAGGAGAAACCGAAGCAGGAGGCGCCACUGCCUCCCAAGUCGGGAAACUAA